AUGAGUUUGGAAGAAAAAGCCAUCACUUUCUUGGAGCCACUACUGAAAAUGGUGCGAAGGGUGUCACUGCUAAACUCCAAGUUGUUCGCCAUUCCCUGUGAAUCCUCAGCUGAUUUCUCACAGCUGGAGUAUUUAGAUAACAGUGACAACAUUUUCAGUGAUCUCACGCUGAGAGAAAUGAUGUGUGACGGCAAAGGUGUCCUUUGGAGUCUGCAAACCAUCAAUAUCAGCAGAAAUGACCUACGGUCAAUCAACAGCCAGCUCUUCACCAAACUAGAAGAUCUAAAAAACAUUGACAUGAGUGGAAAUGUGUUUCACACAAUACCUGAGACUUGUAAGUGGCUGCCAAAUCUUAGAUUCUUAAACCUUUCAUCAACACAUUUAACAAAGGUAGGAAGUUUACACAUCCUUGACCUAUCAGACAAUAAAUUAAGCGUGUUCAACAUCAAGCUACCGUUUCUCACAGAGUUAUACAUCUCCGGCAACAAGAUUGGUAGUUUGCCUGAUAGUAGUUUAUACCUUCGUCUUGAAUCCAUCUCCAUUCAAAACAACGACUUGCAGAAAUUCAGCAGUAAUAAUCUAAACAACUAUAAAAAUCUGAAGAGGCUGGAGGCUUCUGCUAACAUAUACGUCUGUUGAUGUGAAUUCGUAGCGUUCAUGACAAGUGACUUGGUGAAACAUCGAGUCAGAAUUAAAGAAGAGUUCACAUUGUACAUCUGUGACUCCCCUGAUGCUGUGAGAGGAAAAGUGGCAGACGUGAGGUUAUCAGUGUUUGAGUCCCACAGGGCUUUAUCUUUUUCUUUACUCUGCUCAGGCAUCCUGGUGAUGUUUCUGCUCUUCUUACAUUUGUGUCACAAGUACAACGUUGUGUGGUAUAUAAAGAUGACUUUGGCCUAUCUGAAAGCUGAGAGAAAGCCAAAGUUAAAAAGGGGAGAGCUUGAGUAUGACGGCUUUGUGUCCUACAGUGAGAUGGACUCUGGUUGGGUGAAAGCCCAUCUGGUUCCGGAGCUCGAGCAGUGCGAGCCCCCUUUCCGACUGUGCCUUCACAAAAGAGACUUUGUACCUGGCGGAUGGAUUAUAGACAACAUCAUGGACGCCAUUGAGAAGAGUCACAAAACACUCUUCAUCCUUUUCUCAGCAUUUUGUCAGAGUGAAUGGUGCAAGUACGAGCUGGACUACACCCAUUUCAGAUUGUUUGACCAAAACGACGACACAGUUGUGCUGAUUCUGUUGGAGCCCAUUGACAAAAACACCAUCCCAGAAAAGUUCUGUAAGCUGCGGAGAGUCAUGAACUCCAGGACGUACUUGGAGUGGCCUGAUGAUGACAACCAGAUUGCCAGGUUCUGGCAGAGUUUGAGAACGGCUAUUAAAAUACCUGUGACUGAUAAUGAUCAAAUCAAGCUGAGUGCCAUCGUUGCCACAUACAACGCCAAAAACCGCCAUGGCCGCAGUGAACUGAAACCUGGCUCUGUGUACAGCCCGCAACCAGACAGUGAAACACUCGUUUCUUACCAGCUGCACAGAGCCUUGGUGAAGUAUGAGAACAUGUAG